CUUGAACCACCACCUCCAUCGCAAGAAACUAACAAUAUGGCCACCGUCACCUCCCAUACGCAAACCCGCCCAGCUCAAAGUCGGGGCAAGAGCCAAGGAAAGACGAAAAGCGGGCCAAACAACAGCCAUCGACGUGGCGGGCAACAAGGACAGCGAGGAAAGAAGGAAGGCGAGAAGGUGGCGCCUGCCAUCGAAGACGAUACCGCUGCUAGCGAGGGCGAUGCGGAUGUAUGCUGGAUUUGUGCCGAGCCAGUGAAAUACUACGCCGUCUCGGAGUGCAAUCACAGAACCUGCCAUGUCUGCUCGUUGCGGCUCCGGGCUCUCUACAAAAAGAACGAGUGCACGUUCUGCAAGGAACCACAACCAGCCAUGGUCUUCACCAUCUCUCCUCAAGCGCUCUUUUUGUCGUUCGAGAUAGAGAGGAUAGAGUUCAAGGACACGAAGCUUUCUGUCUUUUUCGAAACCCAAGAGAUGAUGGAGGAGACGUUGCUGCUCCUCCGCUUCAACUGCCCCGACCCUCAGUGCGAUUUUAUUGGUAACGGCUGGAGCGACAUCAAAUUACACGCCCGAGCAUCUCACGGGAAGCUCAUGUGCGAUCUUUGCAUCCGCCACAAAAAGGUUUUCGCGCAUGAGCAUACCCUCUAUCCACCCAACAUUCUUCCCUUACACCUGCCCUCGAUCUUGACUGCAGCGCGUCCCUCCCGACCUGGGAAAUCCAAAGACAAAGAUCAGGUUGAGGGCGGGGUUCACCCAUUCUGCGAGUUUUGUCGGGAAUGCUUCUUCGGAGAUGAUGAGUUAUAUCGACACAUGCGGGAAGCACACGAAGAAUGUUUUAUCUGUAAGAGGAACGACAUCCGGGAUCAAUAUUUCACAAACUACGCCGCAUUGGAGACGCAUUUCACACGAGACCACUUUCCUUGUCCACACCCUACGUGUCUAGCCCGCAAAUUUGUGGUAUUUAACAGCGCACUCGAUCUCAAGGCACAUGCUGUUGAAGAACACGGAGGAGAACUGGGGAAAAGCGAACUGAGGGAUGCAAGACGUAUCGAACCUGCAUGGGACUCAGGUGGACAUGGCAGGGGUCGCGGAAGGGAACGGGACCGUGAACGAGCCAGAGAUCGAGAUCGAGACGGCCCACCACCGUCAUCUUCCCAACAAACCCAAACUCAACAACAACCAGCAAGACCGCCACCAACUGGAGGUAGAAGAAGGGAAGGAUUUGGCUCACAGUUAACAACCGAUGGUGAAACUUCGACUCCCACACCAGCACGGACGCCGUCCCCUUCAAGAGAUGUAGAUCCAGCCACCGCAGAGCGACAUUCCGCAUUCAUUUCGAGACUAGCAUCGAUGGCACCUAACCCUACCACGGCGCUUCCUGCUGCACGAGCUGCAAUUCGAUCCUUCCGGGCUUCCGAGUCGUCAGCACGCGACCUUAUUUCAACACUCUACAGUAUCGUUGAUUCUCGCAUGGAAGCCGCUUCCAGCGUCGUCAAUGCUCUUGUCGACUUGUUCGAUAAUUCCGCCGAUGCUGAACAAAGGGAGGCCAUACUGAGUGCUUGGCGUGAUUUCGAGGUUUCUCAGAGACAACAGUUUCCAGACCUUGUCCCGACAUCUGUUGGCGGUGGUUAUGCAGGGAUCACCAGUGGGAGAGUGUUAAAUGCAAAACAUGCUACUGCAACUCGACAAGGACGGGCUGUCUGGGAUCGCGUAGCGCAGGCUGCCCAAGCUUCCAACGCCCAACAACGGUUCCCCGCCUUGUCGAACUCGUCAUCGGUACCCGGCGGUCCUUCGAAAGCUAUCCCUGGACAACGUAACACGCCUUGGUCGGCGUCAGCAUCUGGUAAACCCACUGGAUUUGCGGCUUCUUCGUCAUUCGUUCCACCUCCAAUCGGCGGGCCCACACCCGCUGUUGUUGUUCCACGAUCAGAAUCGAUAGGGAACUCAAAAAGGCGGGCCGCCUCCCAAGCUAUCCAACGCAUUGUUCCCCGAGCUGCCUACACGACAGAAGACGGCAGUUCAGCAAGCCAGGGCGGUGGCGCGUGGGGAGGCGGCGCAAAUGCACCGCCAGCACCACCGCCUCCCACAGCGGAGGCGGUAGAUGAACCAGUUGCGGCGAAGAAGAAGGGCAAAGGGAAACAAAAGCAAACUCUGUUCACACUGGGAGCUUUCCCAUCCUAA